CAUACUGCAGCACAAUCAACCACCCCAUCAGCAAUUCUCCUCAAUUCCACAUCUCCCACCAUGGCUUCUACAACUCCUCCCGCUGUCAGGUCCAAGAUUGACCUCCUCAUCACCAACCUCGUCAACAUCCAAGACAAAACCGGUCAAUUCCUCCUCCCCCUCGCCGAUGGCCGCAUCAUCGAUACUAAGUCCUGGCACGGCUGGGAGUGGACACACGGUAUCGGCCUCUAUGGUAUUUGGAAAUACUACGAGAUGACCGGCUCCCCACACCUCCUGCAGAUAAUCGAGGAUUGGUUCGCCGCCCGUUUCGCAGAAGGCGGCACCACCAAGAACAUCAACACAAUGGCCGUCUUCCUCACACUUGCCUACGUUUACGAGAAGACGCAAAACCCCAUUUAUCUUCCCUGGCUGGAUUCAUGGGCCGAGUGGGCCAUGCAUGAACUCCCACGCACUAAGCAGGGUGGAAUGCAGCAUGCUACGUACCUCACCGAGAAUUACCAGCAAUUGUGGGAUGAUACGUUGAUGAUGACUGUGAUGCCGUUGGCGAAGAUUGGAAAGUUGCUGAAUCGACCGGAGUAUGUAGAGGAGGCCAAGCGUCAGACGUUAGUGCACGUAAAGUACUUGGUGGAUACGAGCACCGGUCUGUGGUUUCAUGGGUGGACGUUUGAGGAGGGAGGACAUAACUUUGCUCGGGCGAGGUGGGCGCGCGGUAAUAGUUGGGUGACGAUGGUCAUCCCGGAGUUUGUUGAGUUGUUGGAAUUGAAGGAGACGGAUCCCAUUCGCCUGUUCUUGUUGGAUACGUUAGAGGCCCAAUGCGAGGCAUUGAUGGGCCUGCAGGAGGAAUCGGGCUUUUGGCACACUCUGCUUGACCAUCCUGAUUCGUACGUCGAGGCUUCCGCCACGGCAGGCUUUGCAUAUGGUAUCCUCAAAGCUGUUAGGAAAAGGUAUCUGCCAAAGAAGUAUCGGGUAGUUGCAGAGAAGGCUAUUCAAGCAGUGUUGGGCGCCGUCGAUGAGACAGGAGAACUGCAGCAGACGAGCUUUGGAACCGGCAUGGGAGAUUCUUUGGACUUCUAUAAGAACAUUCCUUUGACAGCCAUGCCAUAUGGACAGGCCAUGGCUAUAAUGGCGCUGGGCGAGUACCUCCGGGGAUAUCUGUAGGAAUGUACCAUCCUUUUCCGCUUUUUAGAUAGCAUAUAGAGCAUGGCAUCAACUUUUGGUUCAGUUAAAA